AUGCCCGAUGCGCGAGAGACACAUCACCCGCUUUCACUUGAGGCGAAAGUGCUAUUUCCCGAGCAGGCAUCGCAGUUUGAUGACCACCACUCCUUCAUUGUGCGAUAUACUGCUUCUGAAGAUUUGGGUUUGGACAUGCACACAGACGACUCUGACGUCACCUUCAACGUUUGCUUAGGCCAUGAAUUUACGGGAGCUACGUUGACAUUCUGCGGCUACAUGGGUGCACCUAAUCACCGCAAGGCCUCCCACGUUUACUCUCACGAGGUCGGGAGGGCAGUGUUGCAUUUGGGCAGUCGGCGACACGGGGCUGAUGACAUCGCCUCUGGCACACGGAUGAAUUUGAUAAUUUGGUCUCACAAUAAGGCAUGGCGGCGGAUGCACAAACUUCGACUGAGCGAAGACUACGAGAAAGAGGAAGGACCACCAGAUCCGGUCUGUCUGAGCUACACACAUGAUCGGGACUACCUGGCCUUUAAGAAAAAGCCAGUUGGAAGGGCGGCGGGGCGCAAUCGUGCCUGGUGUCCUCCGAAAGGCAUGGAGUACGAGGGCUUCGGUGACAAAGACAAGGAUGAAGAUAUCCUGUGA